AUGUCCGGGAACUCCAGCGUCGGCAACAGCAACGUCUACGAGGCAGGUGACCAGCGCACCGAGCCGGCCUCAAAGCCCGGUGGCUCUUUCGGCGAGGAAGGCACGAAGAACUCGCACCAGGCGAACGACUCGAAAGACGAACGCUCCAUCGCCAACCGACUCGCGACCGCGGAACCGCAAAACGACAGCACCUCAGGCAAAGCCCUGAACGCCGAGGCCAAGGCCGGCCAAACCGACGCGACGGCCCCGGCCAGGAUGCACGGCAACGAGCCCUCACGCGGCGCCCAGAUCGACAAGGAACUCCAGGACGAGGAGGCCGCGAUCAUUGCCAAGAAGGAUGCCGCCAAGGGGAGCAAGAAGCCCGGCGGGACGGGCGACAUGGCUGGGAAGAAGAACUGA